ACAGCAGGGACAGAAGGAAAGUGACAGGGAGAGAGAUAGCUAGCUAAAUACAUUGUAGGUAGGCUGUGAUAGGGGGCAUUUUUUUGGUCUAUACUCUUAAACAUUUUCACUCACUUUUCUAAAUUAGACACUGAAGGAUUUUGAUGAUCAGUUACUAGACCUAGGUACCUCUGCCGGACGGGAUCAGUUUGACAUGUCGCUGAUACUGACUGUGUUAGACAAGCUGAUGUACUUCCUGUCUUUAAUUGCGUUUUGCGUCAGUGUAUCUUAUGGCUGGUUGAAAUGAGACUAGAUCAUUCCUUUAACCUUCAUUUGGGCCUGAGAAUGAUAUGGUGUCAUCGUUUUCAAUGGACUAUUGCUUAUUUCUGAGUUCGAUCCAUUCUUUAAAGAUGUUUUCCAGUGUGAGUUAAUUAGGAUGCUUUUAUCCACAUACGUUGGAUAUCUAUCACCUCUGUGUGUGACCGGAGACAGUGAGCCAGACACCUGUGAGAGAUCAACACCAUGUCACUACAGCGGAUGCUGAAGCUGCACUAUGUGCUUGUGCUGGUGCUGUGUGUGUCAGCCAGCGAAGACUUCGACUGGACCAAGAAUGAACGCGGAUCAUUCAUCUAUGGCACUUUCCCAACUGGGUUUUCCUGGGGGGCUGGGGGCUCUGCGUACCAGACAGAAGGAGCCUGGGACAAGGAUGGCAAGGGGAUGAGCAUCUGGGACGUGUUCGCCCACAAGAAGGGAAAGAUCUUCCUCAACGACACCGCAGACCACUCCUGCGAAGGAUACUACAAAUUCAAGGAUGACAUCACCUUGAUGAAGGACAUGAAGUUUAACCACUAUCGUUUCUCCAUCUCCUGGCCAAGGAUAUUUCCCAACGGAAUCAAAGCUGAUCACAUCAAUGAGAAGGGAAUUAAAUACUAUGAUGACCUGAUCAACAUGCUCCUGGACAAUAACAUCACACCAAUAGUCACCCUGUACCACUGGGAUCUGCCACAGGUCUUACAGGAGAAGUACGGUGGAUGGCAGAACGUCAGCAUGGUGAACUAUUUCAACGACUUUGCCAACUUAUGCUUUGAGCGGUUUGGUGACAGAGUCAAAUACUGGAUCACCUUCAACAACCCAUGGUCUAGUGCUGUGGAGGGCUAUGAGACUGGAGAACAUGCACCUGGACUGAAGCUGAGGGGCACUGGGGCCUACAAAGCUGCCCACCACAUUAUCAAGGCACAUGCUAAGGUUUGGCACACCUAUGACACUCAAUGGAGAAGCAAACAGAAAGGCUUGGUUGGGAUCUCGUUGUUGGCAGACUGGGGGGAGCCAGUGGACAUCACCAACCAGAGAGACAUCGAGGCAGCAGAGAGAUAUGUCCAGUUCUACAUGGGCUGGUUCGCUACACCCAUCUUCAACGGGGACUACCCUCAGGUCAUGAAAGACUACAUAGGUAGGAAGAGUGCCCAGCAGGGUCUAGGAACCUCCCGCCUCCCUGUCUUCUCUUCCCAGGAGAAGAGUUACAUCAAGGGUACCUGUGACUUCCUGGGUAUUGGCCACUUCACCACGCGCUAUAUCACCCAGAAGAACUACCCGUCUGGCCGCGGUAACAGCUACUUCACCGACCGUGACCUGGUGGAGCUGGUGGACCCUCGCUGGCCCGACCCCGGCUCUGAGUGGCUCUACUCUGUCCCCUGGGGAUUCAGACGCCUGCUUAACUUCGUCAAGACUCAGUAUGGGAACCCCAUGAUCUACGUGACAGAGAAUGGGGUGUCAGAGAAGGUGCAGAGGUGCACAGACCUGUGUGAUGAUUGGAGGAUGCAAUACUUCAAGGAUUACAUCAAUGAGAUGCUCAAGGCCCUUAAGGACGGAGUGAAUGUGAAGGGUUACACAGCCUGGUCGCUGCUGGACAAGUUUGAGUGGGACGAAGGCUUCUCUGAGAGGUUUGGCCUGUUCUACGUGGACUUCCUCAACAAGAAUAAACCACGUUACCCAAAAGCCUCUGUUCAGUACUACAAACGCAUCAUCAGCUCCAAUGGAUUCCCCAACCAGAGAGAGGUGGAAAGCUGGAAAAGGAAAGCAACAGAGACGUGCUCCUCCAGUAACCAGCUGCUAGCUGCAGAUCCGUUGACCAGCCACAUGGAGAUGGUAACAGAGAUCGUGGUUCCUACAGUCUGUACUCUCUGUAUUCUCCUGGCUGCUGUCUUCCUCAUGUUCCUGCUGCGUGGACGCUUCUAGAACACUGCUGUCUUCCUCAUGUUCCUGCUGCGUGGACGCUUCUAGAACACUGCUGUCUUCCUCAUGUUCCUGCUGCGUGGACGCUUCUAGAACACUGCUGUCUUCCUCAUGUUCCUGCUGCGUGGACGCUUCUAGAACACUGCUGUCUUCCUCAUGUUCCUGCUGCGUGGACGCUUCUAGAACACUGCUGUCUUCCUCAUGUUCCUGCUGCGUGGACGCUUCUAGAACACUGCUGUCUUCCUCAUGUUCCUGCUGCGUGGGACGCUUCUAGAACACUGCUGUCUUCCCCAUGUUCCUGCUGCGUGGACGCUUCUAGAACACUGCUGUCUUCCUCAUGUUCCUGCUGCGUGGACGCUUCUAGAACACUGCUGUCUUCCUCAUGUUCCUGCUGCGUGGACGCGUCUAGAACACUGCUGUCUUCCUCAUGUUCCUGCUGCGUGGACGCUUCUAGAACACUGCUGUCUUCCUCAUGUUCCUGCUGCGUGGACGCUUCUAGAACACUGCUGUCUUCCUCAUGUUCCUGCUGCGUGGACGCUUCUAGAACACUGCUGUCUUCCUCAUGUUCCUGCUGCGUGGACGCUUCUAGAACACUGCUGUCUUCCUCAUGUUCCUGCUGCGUGGACGCUUCUAGAACACUGCUGUCUUCCUCAUGUUCCUGCUGCGUGGACGCUUCUAGAACACUGCUGUCUUCCUCAUGUUCCUGCUGCGUGGACGCUUCUAGAACACUGCUGUCUUCCCCAUGUUCCUGCUGCGUGGACGCUUCUAGAACACUGCUGUCUUCCUCAUGUUCCUGCUGCGUGGACGCUUCUAGAACACUGCUGUCUUCCUCAUGUUCCUGCUGCGUGGGACGCUUCUAGAACACUGCUGUCUUCCUCAUGUUCCUGCUGCGUGGACGCUUCUAGAACACUGCUGUCUUCCUCAUGUUCCUGCUGCGUGGACGCUUCUAGAACACUGCUGUCUUCCUCAUGUUCCUGCUGCGUGGACGCUUCUAGAACACUGCUGUCUUCCUCAUGUUCCUGCUGCGUGGACGCUUCUAGAACACUGCUGUCUUCCUCAUGUUCCUGCUGCGUGGACGCUUCUAGAACACUGCUGUCUUCCUCAUGUUCCUGCUGCGUGGACGCUUCUAGAACACUGCUGUCUUCCUCAUGUUCCUGCUGCGUGGACGCUUCUAGAACACUGCUGUCUUCCCCAUGUUCCUGCUGCAUGGACGCUUCUAGAACACUGCUGUCUUCCUCAUGUUCCUGCUGCGUGGACGCUUCUAGAACACUGCUGUCUUCCUCAUGUUCCUGCUGCGUGGACAAUGAUAGCUGUAUUUUUUUAUUACACACAGUUCAUCUCUUUUAUAUACAUAUUGCAACAGAUACAAACCUGGACACCGGACACAUUUUAAAAUGGAACGAUAGCUAUUCCAUGUUAAUAAAGUGUUAACAUACAGAUAAUAAUGUAUCUUGAAAAUCUAAUUAAAUUGCAAUAAAGAUUGUACAGCCUG